CCCAAAUAUUAUUAUUUUGUAUAUGGUAUCAGUAGCCUAGGUUCCUUCUACGUUUCCUUCAUGGUCGAUCAAAUAAACCCUACGACGGCAACCGUUCCAGCGGCGCCCGCCACGGCGGCGCAUCCCAUAUCCAGCGCCCCUGCAACAUUAAACGGCGCACAAGCUUCCUUCGGUUCCAGCAUGGAUCAGUUAUCCCUUCCGCAGGUCACCAUGCCAAUUGGACCGUUUUCAACUGCCGCGCAGAUCAGCUCUCCGCCGUCGGCAUCGUUGUCCCAGCGCUUCCGUGGAGUUCAGCCGCAAAAUAAUUACCGUCUCUUUGGCAUGCCUGAGCCAUUUACAUGGGCGUCCUCUGCACCCACGAUGACGUCGCUCACACUGCCCCCGCCGCCGGUUUUUCAUGACGUUGGCAGCUCUUCCCGAAUGUCGGAGUUCUCUGGCCCGACUUUUACUGGCCAACCCGGCGUCGCUUCAUUCCAGCAGACACCAGGGCCACUUUUGCCAGGUUUCAAUAAUUCACAGACUCCUUUAUCCUCAUUGGCUUCACAAUUAGCCUUUUCUACCCCGAAUGUUAAUAAUAUUGUGACCACACGCCUGUCUGAGGUUGAAGAUUAUUUACCCUGGAGAACUCAAUUUGAGUCUUUUUUUAGUCUCUCACAGUUUAUUGGGAAUUUUGGAUGGGUCUAUUCCGCCACCAUCACCCACCACCAUUGAUUUAUCCCGACAGGAAAUUCCCAAUGCUGACUACCAUCAUUGGCUUAAAAUAGAUCAGACUGUCAGGUCAUGGCUUUUUGCUACUCUUGCUAGAGAUGUCCUUAUGGAAGUCUAUGAUUUACAGUUUUCACAUCUUAUUUGGGAUCGACUUCAAAAGCGCUUCAUGUCUGCAUGUAUUUCUCGUUCUGUUGAAUUGAAGCGUUUGCUCUCUCAUAUUAAAAAGAAGGACUCUCAGACUAUGGAUCAAUAUUUGCUUGAAAUCAAACUUAUAGCAGAUAAAUUAGCAGCCAUAAAAUCUCCUGUCAGUGCACGUGAUUUAAUUGAGUAUGCUAUCAUUGGUUUGGGACGUGGUUAUGAGUCCCUCAUCAAUAACAUUGACUACAUGCCUGGCAUUCCCUCUCUUGAAGAUAUACGACCAAUUUUACAGGCACAGGAGCAGCGCAAUCUAUUCUUCUAGGCUCAAGAACAGCCCUCGGCACCCCAGGCAUUUGUAGCAGCUCCGGCUCCUGCAGCUCGGGGUGGUGCUCCACGUGGAGGGGGUGGUCGCAAACAGCGUGGGGGUCGCGGUCGUGGAGGACGAGGCCGCGGUGGCAGAGGAUACUACCAGCAGCAGUACGGCGUAGCUCCCUCCCCAUAUGGUGUUUUUCCGGGGCAACCAGCUCCAGUUCAGCCGCGGGGACUGCUUUUCCUGGGGCUCUAGGUUUUCCAUCUGUGGACCAAUCUUUCCAGUCUCCUCGUCCCCCCGUUGUUUGUCAGUUAUGUUUUUCUCCAGGCUGCGAAUAUGGUGCAAAGGUCAAGAAGAAGUAGCAGUAAGGACAAGUUAGACAACUCUACUGAUUCCAUUGUCAACAAAUCUUCAACCCACCACUUCAUCCUCAUUAGUAUGUGUGAAAGUUACAGUAGUUGAGCUUCUAACUGAUUUUACACCCACACAAGAGGUAUCUUCCUUAACCUGAGCAGAAAGGAUGUGGUGGUUGAUUCUUCUACGGAUGAAUUUUGAAUAUGUCAUUUUCUAAAGUUUUGACUACUCUUUCUUAUUGAAACACCAUAUACAAUGAAGGAGUCUAGAAUGUAUUUGCAAGUCUGAUCAUAAAUUUCAAUAUGUAUUCAUUUAACACUGGCAUAUGUUGUAUUUAUUUAUUUUGUUUCUUUUUGUUGUAUGUUGUUGCAUUUUGGUGUAUGUAGUUGCUUGAUGUUGAAACACCAUACACAAUGAAGGAGUGUAGAUAGUAAUUGUAGUUCUGAUCAUAAGUUAAUUAUGUAUUUAUUUAACAAUUACAUAUGCUGUAUUUAUUUACUUUGUUUCUUUUUGUUGUACGUUGUUGCAUUUUGUUGUACGUUGUUGCAUUUUGUUGUAUGUUGUUGUAUGUUGUUGCUUUUUUGUGUAUCUUGUUAGUAUUUUUUGUUGUGGACUUGUGGUGUUUCUUUUCAAUUCUUCAUUUAUUUUUGCUACUUGGGUAUGAACAAGCUUUGUAUAAAUAUAAUGAUAAACGAUAAAUUUGUAUUUAUGAAGUCAGUAAAAAAGAACACAAAUGAACAACUUUUUUUAAAGACAACAAAAAGCACCACGGGAAAACAAUAAGAAACAAAAAAAACAAUAUGAAACAAAAACUUAUGAUAGAAACAAAUUCUGCAGCUACUUUUGCAUUUAUUGAAUUACCAAAAGCCCAAAUUUUCAAACACAUUGACAGCUUUCAAGUAUUGUUUACUAUUUAUUUUUUUAAUUUAUCUACACCUUUUUUUAAUUUCCUUAAACUUUUCUGUUUUUUAAUUAAUUUUUUUAAAUUCAAUUUAAAGUUUUUUGAAUGUUGAGAAAAAAUCUAAUUAAUAUUUUUAAUUAUUUAUAUUUUUCUGUUAGUUAUUUC